CCACACUGAACAAUAGAAUAGUCCAUACACUUUGACCCAUUUUUGAUACGUAGGUAGGCACAUGUGUCCUGAAGAAGUCCGGUUCUUUUGCAAUAAUAAAGUGGUGUUUCAACAUAUUUUCACCAGAGGCAGCAAGUGAAAAUAAAACGGAUCCCAGGCUAGUGUCCUUGCGGUUUCUGUGGCCAAGAUUGAAUGCGCACGGCUGACAACUUCUGGAUACAAAGGAUCAGGAUCUGACCUGCCCACAGCCAUGGUCCAGCCUGUGCCUGAGAGGAUGGAUUUUCCUCGUGCAGAGGAAGAGGUGCUGAAGCUCUGGAAACAACUGAAUGCCUUUCAGACAUCACUGAAACAGUCGAAGGGAAAGGCCAGGUACUCCUUCUACGAUGGGCCUCCCUUUGCAACUGGCCUGCCUCACUACGGCCACAUCCUGGCAGGUACUAUUAAGGACAUAGUGACCAGAUGGGCCCAUCAGAGCGGCUUCCAUGUGGAGAGGAGGUUUGGCUGGGACUGCCAUGGGCUGCCAGUGGAAUAUGAAAUUGACAAAACGCUGGGUAUCAAAGGUCCUGAAGAUGUGGCUCAAAUGGGCAUUGACAAAUACAACCAGGCCUGCAGGGGUAUUGUCAUGCGAUAUGCUGGAGAAUGGAAGGAUAUUGUGACACGACUUGGCCGCUGGAUUGAUUUUGACCGUGACUACAAGACACUUUACCCAUGGUUCAUGGAGUCCAUCUGGUGGGUGUUCCGCCAGCUGCAUGACAAGGGUCUGGUGUACCGAGGGUUCAAGGUUAUGCCUUACUCCACCGCCUGCAGUACUCCACUCUCCAACUUUGAAUCCAACCAGAACUACAAGGACGUACAGGACCCAGCUGUGAUUGUGAACUUCCCUCUGGAUGAUGACCCUGGUGUGUGCAUGAUUGCCUGGACCACCACACCCUGGACCCUCCCCAGCAACAUGGCCUUGUGUGUCAACCCACAGCUGGAUUAUGUCAAGGUCAAAGAUAACACCACUGAUAAGGUGUACAUCAUGAUGGAGGCCAGGCUGGAGGCACUGUUCAAGAAAGCUGAGGAGUACACCAUCCUGGACAGGUUCAAAGGAUCUACCCUGUUUGGAAAGGGUUACAAACCAUUGUUCCCUUAUUUCAGUGAGCGCAAGAAGUCAGGAGCAUUUCGCAUCUUUGUUGAUGGUUAUGUCACCACGGAGACGGGUACUGGAGUGGUCCACCAGGCGCCGUACUUUGGAGAGGAUGAUUACAGAGUUUGCCUGGCCAAUGGUGUCAUCUCUCGAGAUGGCUCGGUAGUCUGCCCUGUAGAUGCCAGUGGCUACUUUACAGAAGAAGUUACUGACUUUAAGGGACAGUAUGUCAAGGAAGCUGACAAGAACAUCAUCCAUUGGCUGAAACAACAUGGCCGACUUGUGAACCAGGGGACUUAUGUGCAUAGCUACCCUUUCUGUUGGCGCUCAGAAACACCACUCAUCUACAAAGCAGUGCCUGGUUGGUUUGUGCGUGUAGAGCCCCUUGUUGAGAAACUGCUGGACAACAACAGUCAGUGUUACUGGGUUCCGGCAUUUGUGAAGGAGAAGCGAUUUGCCAACUGGCUCCGUGAUGCUCAUGACUGGGCCAUCUCUCGCAACCGUUACUGGGGCACGCCCAUCCCGCUCUGGGUCAGCGAUGACUAUGAGGAGGUUGUUGUUGUUGGAUCUGUGGAGGAGCUUUACAGGUUGUCUGGUGUCAAGGUGACAGAUCUCCACAGAGAAAGUGUGGACCAUGUGACCAUCCCUCACCCAGGGAAAGGCGUGCUGCGCAGAGUGCCUGAGGUGUUUGACUGCUGGUUUGAAAGUGGAAGCAUGCCCUACGCCCAAAAUCACUACCCCUUUGAGAACAAAAAAGAAUUUGAGGACAGCUUUCCUGCAGACUUCAUUGCUGAGGGAAUCGACCAGACAAGAGGAUGGUUCUAUACUCUGCUGGUCCUGUCAACAGCAUUGUUUGGGAAGCCACCAUUCAAGAAUCUCAUAGUGAAUGGGCUGGUGCUGGCUUCAGAUGGACAGAAGAUGAGCAAGCGUAAGAAGAACUACCCUGACCCCAUGGACGUGGUGCAUAAGUAUGGAGCAGAUGCGCUGCGCCUGUACCUGAUUAACUCCCCGGUGGUGCGUGCAGACAGCCUGAGGUUUAAGGAGGAGGGUGUGAGAGAUGUACUGAAGGAUGUGUUCCUCCCGUGGUACAACGCCUACCGCUUCCUCAUUCAAAAUGUCAUCAGGCUGGAGAAGGAGGAUGGUCUGACAUUUGUGUACAAUGCAGACACUGUGUUGUCAUCAGAUAACAUCAUGGACCGCUGGAUCUUAUCCUUCACACAGUCUCUCAUCCAGUUUGUGACACAGGAGAUGGCAGCAUAUCGUCUGUACACUGUUGUUCCACGGCUGGUCAAGUUUGUGGACAUGCUGACCAACUGGUAUGUGCGCUUCAACAGGAAGAGGCUCAAAGGAGAUGGGGGCACAGAAGACUGUCUGCGAGCACUGGAGACUCUGUUCAGUGUUCUGUUUUCCAUGACUCAAGUUAUGGCCCCAUUCAUCCCCUUCCUAACAGAACAGAUGUACCAGAAUCUGCGUCACUUGCUGGACCCGGCCCUCACAAAGAAACAGAAUGUGGACAGUGUGCACUAUCUCAUGCUACCAAAGCCAAGAGAGAAGCUGAUUGACCAGCAGAUAGAGAGAUCUGUGUCCAGGAUGCAGUCAGUGAUAGAAGUUUCCAGAGUCAUCAGGGACAGGAAAACCAUCCCAGUCAAGUACCCUCUGAAGGAGCUGGUAGUGAUCCACCAGGACCAGCAGUGUUUGGAUGAUGUCCAGUCACUGGAGAGCUACAUCCUGGAGGAACUGAAUGUGCGUACCCUGACCACGUCCAGUGACAAACAGAAGUACUGUGUAAAGCUGGUGGCUGAACCAGACCAUCGUGUGCUGGGAGCACGACUCAAACAGGCCUACAAGUCUGUACAGAAGGCUGUCAGAGAACUGACUGAUCAACAACUGCAGGAUUUCCAAGACAGGGGAGAAGUCAAUGUUGAAGGUCACACCCUGUCAGGAGAUGACCUCAAGCUGGUGUACAAGUUUGAUGCCAAGAGUGGAGCGUCACUCUCUGACUAUGAGGCACAUUCUGACAACCAGGUUCUGGUCUUGCUGGAUGUGACCCCAGAUCAGUCCAUGUUGGAUGAAGGGGUGGCAAGGGAGGUCAUCAACCGUAUCCAGAAGCUUAGAAAGAAGGCUAGUUUGGUUCCCACAGAUGACAUCACUGUGUACUAUGAUGUGAGCCCAGCAUCUGACAACCUAGCCAGUGUCAUAAACACACACCAUGGCUUCAUCCAAGACACACUCAAGAAACACCUCCAGCCUUUCCCUGUCCCUGUCUCAAGUCAUGUCAUCAUUAAGGAGUCAACUAAGCUGAAAGAUGCCACACUACAUAUGGCCAUAGUUCGGGGUGAGGGCAGCAUGCCAACUUCAGCUAGUUCUGAUGGUCCAGUCUGCAGAUAUCUUAAUGUACAACUGCUGGGGCUGCAGCCAAAAGAUGCCACACUACAUAUGGCCAUAGUUUGGGGUGAGGGCAGCAUGCCAACUUCAGCUAGUUCUGAUGGUCCAGUCUGCAGAUAUCUUAAUGUACAACUGCUGGGGCUGCAGCCAAAAGGAGGGGCUAAAGGUAUGGUGGGGACCAUCCUGUUGGACAAUCCUAGCGGAGACUUCUCCUUGUCCUACUGGGAACUACUGCAGAGGGUGGCCAUGAUCUUUGGUCUGAAGGAUGCCGAUAUAAAGCUUUAUGCACCACGCAAAGGAGAAGGUAUGGACCUGGUCACCCCGGAGAUGCUGAAUGGUUUGAAUCCACUUCAUGGUACAACCAUCUUUGUGUCAUCUAGACAGCCAUCUGCAGCAGACGUCUCCAGUGUCGUGAUGACACCUGACCCCAGCUGCAAGUAUGUCAACCUGCAGCUGCUUGGAGUGAAACCAGGUUCUCUCCAGUGUGGAGUGAGAGGUAGAGCAGCCACUAUACUGUUGGAGAACCCAGUGGGUGAUUUUCACCUGACUACAAAGCAGCUGGUGCAAGAGGCUUGCAGAGUCUUUGGUCUCCACAACAAGAAUGUCCAUCUAAAGGAGUCCCCGACUGCUAGUCAAGAUCUGCCACCGACCAGCAACCUCCUGACCCUGCACGGAUCUACCCUGUACGUCAGUCAAGCCAACGCUCACAUGUGAGGACAGAAGCUUUGCAGAAAUGGGCACAGCUUUAAUGCCACCACUAUAGGCUACUAGUAAUGUACUACAAGCAGGUACAUGUACAUCAGAUUAUAGAUACACAGGAUAAUAAUGUUGGUGAUGACCUUGGAGAUGUGGGAAAUCAGAGAAACAACUUCCCAGAAGUAAGAAAGUUUUUGUCAGGGAUGAACUGCAACAACAAUUACAAACACAAUAACACUGGAUCAGGCAGUACCUAGUGUGCUCUAUGAACAAAAGAAUCAUUUACUAGUAGGUUUGGCAAGAUGAAACAACAUCAAAAAGUAAAAACAACUGCAAACAAAUUUUAGGUACAGUUUUUUGAUUGGAGAAUUCUUAUACGAAACAUAGCCAAAACUAAGAUGUAAUAAGUUAUCAUCUCCUAUCCUGCAACACAAACCUGACCAAAGUGACAUCUAGAGGGAGCAGAACUAAUACCGGUAUGCAACAGAUCUUUCAGGGAAGUCAACACUGUCAGUCUGCUAACACAAACAUCUGCCCUUUGAGAUCCAUGGGGGACCAGCUAUUUACACAUUUUAGGUCACAAAUAGGUAUAUAAUUACAAUAAGUUUGGGCCACACCAAUUUAAUUUGUUGGUUCUUGGAUUUGCCUCUUCAUUUUUUUCUGAUUUGCAAAAAAAAAAA